AUGGCCGGGACGGACGAUGUACCGGUACCACAAGACUAUAAACUGGACUUGUUGAGGAAGAAAUAUUUGCUUCAAACCCACGCGGAGGGGGCAGACGAGGCCGUGCUGCGGUACGACAUCGAGUACCAGAUCACUGCCCAUGAUGCGGGAGCCCUGUACGCCCAUGUCUGCAAGGAGCUGCAGUGGGAGGAGAGCGCGGGUCGGCUGGUGGGCCUGCAGGCCGCCGCCGCCGCCAAGCUUUCGGGCCUGGACGCCGCCGUCGCCGCCGCAGAGGAGACGGAGGGCGAGAUGGAGCUGCGCGCGGCGCUGGUGGCCAAGGCCGACGCGGCGGGGGGCGACUGGGAGCGCCGGAACAAGCUCAAGGUCUACGAGGCCGUGGAGGCCAUGGCCACGCGCAGAUUCGACGUGGCGGCCAAGCUCCUGCUCGACUGCAUCGCCACCUUCUCUGCGACGGAGGUGAUGAGCUACGAGCAGUGCGUCUUCUACACCGUCCUCACCGCCGUGCUCACCCUGGACCGGCCCAGCCUGAAGGCCAAGGUCAUCUCCUCCCCCGAGGUCCUGUCUGUAAUCGACACCAUCCCGCACCUGAGCUCCUUCCUCAAUGCCCUGCACGACUGCAAGUAUGCCGAAUUCUUCCGGGCGUUCUCGGGGCUGCUGGAAUCGGUCCGCACCGACCCGUACCUGCACCCUCACUACCGCUUCUUCAUGCGCGAGGUCCGGGCCAAGGCCUACAGCCAGUUCCUGGAGUCCUACAAGUCGGUGACCCUGGACAGCAUGGCGCGUGCCUUUGGAGUUUCGUCAGAGUUCAUCGACGAGGAGCUGGCAAACUUCAUUGUGAGGGGCCAGGUGGCGGCCCGCAUCGACCGCGUCGCUGGCGUCGUGCAGACCACACGGCCGGAUGCCAAGAAUGGACUGUACCAGCAGACCAUCAAGCGUGGCGACGCUGUGCUGAGCCGGAUGCAGAACCUGAGCAAGAUCAUUGAUGUGGACUAG